AUGAGCACUAUACUAGGGGUGAAAUCCGUUCUCCCAGGCAAGGCUAUAUUCAGCGGUAUUCAGCCCACGGGCGUGUUCCACCUGGGGAAUUUCCUGGGAGCCAUCAAAUCGUGGGUGGAUCUAUCCCGCAGCGCUCCAGAAAAUUCUCCUAUACUGUUUAUGAUUGCAGAUUUGCAUGCCAUUACCGUAGCCCGAUCUCCGGAAAAGCUAAGAAAGCAACGCUGGGAGGCUCUGGCUAGUAUAAUUGCGAGUGGAAUUGACCCCAAACGGUGUACUGUUUAUUUUCAGAGCGAUGUUCCUGCUCAUGCUCAGCUGCACUGGAUUCUAUCCUCUAUCUCGAGCAUGGGUUAUUUGAACCGGAUGGUGCAAUGGAAAUCAAAAGCAAAUCUUGACGAAUCGGCCAGCCUUACCAACAGCGAUUUGACAAACCUAAAUUUGGCGUUGUUUUCCUACCCAACUUUGCAAGCGGCUGAUGUUCUGAUCCACCAGGCCGGUUAUGUGCCCGUGGGUGAAGAUCAAUCGCAGCACUUGGAAUUGACCAGACAUUUGGCUCAAGCCUUUAAUUUCCGAUUUGGUGAGACAUUCACAAUUCCAGCGACUGUUCUGAGCCCUCACAAAAAGAUCCUGAGUCUACGUGAUUCAACCAAAAAGAUGUCAAAAAGCGACCCGGAUCAGACAUCUUGUGUGUAUGUUACGGAUACCGCAGAAGAGAUCAAAACAAAGCUCAAAAGGGCCCUGACCGAUUCAGUGCAGGGAGAAAUUACCUGGGACCCUGAGCAGCGGCCGGCUGUUGCAAACCUGUUGUCGAUUGCAGCUGGAUUGCAAGACAUGGAAGCCCCCGACUUUCUAGCCAAGCAUCCUAUGAAAAACCACAAGGAACUUAAGGAUACGGUUGCUGACUGCCUAAUCGAGUCUCUUUCGCCCAUCAGGGAAGAAUACAACCGUCUGGUCUCUGACCAAGCUUACUUGGAGUCGCUUGCGAACCAUGGUCGUGACAUUGCCCAUGAACGGACCUCUGGCACCCUUGAAAAGGCCUAUCGCGCAGUGGGCUAUUUGUAA